AUGCUGUCGUGUUGCAGGGCCAACGUGAGCGUGUCGAGCAGCUCGCUGGGGCGGCUGAGCAAGUCGACGAGCCGCCUGGUGGGCAGCGUGGAUCGCGCGUCGCCGGCGCACGAGCGCCCGGUCGUCGACUACACGCGCAGCGCGCAGACGCUCCCGCGCAAGCUGUACGACGAGCACGCGCAGACGAGCCGCCUCAAGCGCCAGGUGUACCAACAGCAGCUGCAGCGCAACGGCGCGCACGCGCCCUCCAAGCCGCACUCCAACUCCAUGAUCAACGUCUCCAUCAUCAACAACGUCACCCCGCCGCCGUCCGGCAGCUUCUCCAAGCCGCUGACCAACGGCGUGGGGUCGGCGCCCGCGGGGCCCGCCAAGCCGGCCAGGACCUACCGCACGAACCUCUCGCGCAGCAAGAGCUUCAACGUGCACGCCGUCGAUCCGGUGGACACGCCCAGCUUCCUGCACGGGCGCGAGCGCGAGUCGUCGGGGCUGUACAAGUCCACGUCGCACCUCCACCGCCUGGACGAGUCGCCUCCGCCGCUGAAGAGCCCCAGCAUCCUGGCCAGCAUCAGCCGCUCGCAGAGGGACCUCUCCGCCGCAGACUCCUUCGACAAGGAGGAACCCCUGAGCAGCGCCCGGCGGCGCGACGAGCCGGCUAAGAUCUCCAAGAGCACGAGCAACCUGCUGAGCAACGGCUACUCGUCGACGACCACGCACGACGCCAAGAAGCGUCUGUUCAUGCGCGAGCUGAUGGAGCGCGCGCCCGAGCUGUACCGCACGCUCAAGAACAACAGCGACGACGAGGCCGAGCCCGUGCGCCCGCCGCGCGCGCGCUCGCCCCGGGCGGACGCCGCCCCGUCGCCCGCCGGCGCCGCCCGCCUCUACACCAGCACCCCGCUCAAGAACGGCCACGGCCACGGGCUCGUCAACGGCAACGGCAGCCACCGCCUGCUCGACUACAGCAACUCCUUCCGCUCGUCCAGCACGAACGCCACGCCCCCGGACACUCGCGGCUUCCGCUCGUCUCUGAUGAACGGCGACCGCGUGACCUCGCCCGCGGGCAGCAAGUCCAGCUUUGGUUCGGGCGGCGGCAACGGGGUCGGCAACGGGGGCGGGCCGCUGGCGCGGCGCGGCAGCAGCAGCAACGACGACUACUCUGAGACGGUGCGCAUCACCUCCAAGUCGGACGACCCGCUGCGCCCCAGCGUCACCAACACGGUGCAGAGCUUCUCCAAGAAGACGGUGCCAACCAAGAGCGGCCUCUCCACCGAGACCAUCGAGUCCACCGAGACGACCACCGUCACCAAGAGCCGCUACGGCCGCGGCGCCGGCGACGGCCUGCGCUACCUCGAGAACGGCCACGCCAAGUACGCGUCGCCGCUGCGCAACGGCGGGCCGGCGCUGAACGGGGGCGCGCCCGGGGGCGUGGUCAUCGAGGUGCGCCCGUCCCGGAAGUAGAGGGCGCCGCCCGCCGGCCAGGGCCCUCCGGCCCCGGCAGCUACACACUCAGGGGGACGCGGGACCGACGGCGCUCUCGCGCAGACGCGGUCCCCGCGGUUGACGUUUUCGGUGCACGCACACACGCGACGGAUCGCGAGGCGAGAUGAUGGGUGUGCGGACUUGGCGUUGAGGAGCAGAGACUUCGAUGGCGUGGUUGGAAGCGAAACGUUCUCUCAAGAAAGGGCAUUUUCCAUCUGAUGCGAAGGUGGAAUACGAGGCGCACAACUGUCCAAAACGACCAAAGGUGUAUCCCAGCUAUCUAAUAGAAGAAUAGAUCGCCUUUUCACGUGAAAAAAAAAAAAACUAUAAGUGACGCAAAAAUUACCUGAAUCGUGCGCGAGAACAGAAUUUGGAAACAGAAUAUUCGUUUCCUAAAUGUUGUAAGUGUGGAGCAUUUUUAAUCUGUAUUUAGCUGUGAUCGAUUUCACGUACGUAGAAUCGAAAAUUGUUACGAGUAGACGAACAGGAAAAAAGCACAUCAUUUGAUGAAAAUACACAUCACAUCAAUAAUAUUUGGAAUGCAAGACAUGGAGAAGUGUUGGUAGAUGAUAGGGAAGUGCAGUCCCGGAAAUAUUGUAAUAUGAGUGGUUUAUGUACAUAGAAAUAAAUGCGAGUAUAUUCCAUACUAUUAUCAUAGCUAAUUAGGAUAUUUUUAGGUAGGUGGUUUGAAAUAUAUUACAGUUCUUUGAGCUUCACGCUUUUCAAAAUCUAGAUUUUCAAACCUGCUAUUGCUAAUUUAUGAAAGAGUAUUUGCUCUUUUUACAGUCAUCAAAGUCAGUGGCGAUUCUCGAUGAUAUUCAUUUAAGAAUGUGUAAGCCGAACGUUCAUAAACAUGGGAAAUUACUGCGCUAUUGUAGGUGCUAAUGCCCACAUUCAUUCGUAACUGUAGUAUAUGAACGAGUUUUUAUUCUUCACGUGCCAAAUAACUGAUAAUAAUUUACCUUACUUUAUUAUUGUAACAGAUUGAUGCCAUAUAAUUAUGAUUAGUAAUAUUACAUUGACAUGAAACCAAGAAGUUACAAUAAAAUUGAUACACAGGAAAGGUUGAGUUAUCAAAUAUUGAAAACGAUUACAAGAAUCAUUGUAUAAUAAUUAUCGUUGAAGACACUAACGUCGCAUUAACAAGCUAUGAUACUGAAAUUUCAUCUGUUGAGAUGACAACAGAUGCAGAUAUACUGUAUGUUUAAGAAGUGAAUAUGGUGCUUAUAAUGGUCAGCGAGACAAGACUCUGAUAUUACAUGAGUAUGUUCAAGAAAGAAGCGAUUUACAUGUUCUGUGCUCCUCAUAAUUGAUUCUCCCUUUUGUUUCAAAAUUAUACAUUAUUCUUGACGUAACACCUAUUAAAUAUUUUAUGCAUUUUAACAGUGGCCAUAUAAUGUUAUUUAAAAUGUAUAUAUUUGUAUUUCAAUAUCACUAUGAAACUAAAAGUGAAUAAUAGUAGUGGCUAAUAAUGAAGAUACUGGUUACAGAAGAUUCCAUAGCGUUUACUUAAAUCAUUCAAUACAAUUCAUGGAAGAAGUUUCAGAAACCCGCAGUGCAGUAUUACACAACAGGUGAUUGAUAGUUGUUCAUCAAGAAGUCGAACCCAAAGCCCUCUAUCACACAAGGAAAAAUAUAAUGUAAUUCAACAUCCUGCAUCAGCAUAACUAUUAUUAGUUCCGGAAGUUGACUACACCUUUUAAGUACUUAAUUCAGAAACUAUUUCCUUUGAGGAUCCUAAUAUAUAGCAUAAGUCUAUAGAGGUAGAAAUGACUAAUGUUUUAUCAAAACAUAAAGAAAAGAUAACUUCGUAUCGUAACAUACCUGAAGGGCUUUUCAUUUCUGGCUAAAGAUGUAACCAGAAAGCUUGUACUUUUAGCCUUUUUGGUAAUUUUUGUAUUUAAAACCCUAUUUUAAAAUAAAGACUUUUAUUACUAAUUA